UGGUCCUUCAAAAUCUUGGCCUCCAAACAGCUUGGUUCUGAGAAGUGGCUUCUCUUUCAAGUAGAUACUAAAUUUUCAAGUUAAACACCAGUACUGCUGACCUUUAAGAGCCUCUAAAAAAAGUGCUAUUUUUAUUUAAAAAAAUGUGCUGUGACUUAAAAAGGAGGUUUUUACUCCUGUAUGCAACACAAAAGGGGCAGGCAAAAGCCAUAGCUGAGGAAAUACAGCAGCAAGCAGGCACUCAUGGACUUGAAGCUGAUAUGUACUGUAUAAGUGAAAUGGACAAGUAUAAUCUGGAAGCGGAAAAGGAUCCUGUAGUUAUUGUUAUUUCCACUACUGGUACUGGAGACCCACCGGACACUGCCCGCAAGUUCGUUAAGAAAAUUCAAGACAAGGCCUUACCACCUGAUCAUUUUGCACAUCUACAAUAUGGAUUGCUAGGUCUGGGAGAUUCCGAGUACACUUUCUUUUGUAAUGGCGGAAAGACGGUAGACAGACGACUUCAGGAACUUGGUGCCCAGCACUUUUAUGAUACAGGCUUAGCAGAUGAUUGUGUAGGUUUGGAACUAGUGGUUGACCCUUGGAUUGAUGGACUUUGGCUUGCCCUCAAAGAGGCGUUUCUACUGCAGGAAGGAAAAGGCAUGAACCGCAAUGUCAGUGCUGUUUCUGACUCUCGCUCUGCAGUCCCACAUGUACAUGAACCAGACUUAACCUCAAAAAUACAGCAGUUGAAGCUAGAAGAUGAGGGAGUGAGGAGUUCGGAUGCUCUGUCACAGAAACUAGUUGAUGUUAACCUUGUGACUUCACCUCAAGACACUGAACCUUCACUUGUUCACUCUGUCCUUCCCAUCUCUCAGUCUGCUCUUAAUGUUCCUGCCUUGCCACCAGAAUAUAUAGAGGUCCAGUUUCAGGACACCCAUGGUGAGAAUCCCAGCCCGUCCUUGCUGAUUUCGGAGGGAACAGGCUUUGAAGUGUCAGUUACAAAAGCAGUUCAGCUGACUAGAGAAGAUGCGAUAAGAACUGCCUUACUGUUAGAACUUGAUAUUGCAGAUACAACCUUUGACUACCAACCUGGAGAUUCUUUUUGUGUAAUAUGUCCCAACAAUGUCAAUGAGGUGGAAGAACUUCUUCACAUCUUGGGACUUUCUGGGAAAGGAGAACACUUUGUUUGUGUAAAAGUUAAAGAGGGCACUAAAAAGAAAGGAGCAACUCAUCCACAACACAUUCCAGAGAGAAGCACUCUGAAAUUCAUUCUAACCUGGUGUCUGGAAAUAAGAGCAGUUCCCAAAAAGGCAUUUUUGCGAGCCCUUGUAGAAUGUACCAGUGAUGCAGGAGAGAAACGGAGGCUUCAAGAGCUUUGCAGCAGACAAGGAGCCUCUGAUUACACACGUUUCGUUAGAGAGCCUCACGUCUGCUUGCUGGAUUUACUUCAUGCUUUUCCAAGCUGCAGGCCUUCACUUAACCUGUUGAUUGAGCAUCUUCCUAAAUUACAACCCAGAUCCUAUUCAGUUUCAAGCUCAAACUUAUUUCAGCCAGGAAAGUUGUGCUUUGUGUUCAAUAUUGUGGAGUUUCCUGCCUGUCCCACUAGACCGGUCUCAUGGAAAGGAGUAUGUACAGGCUGGCUUGCCAAGUUAGUUGCGCCUCUACUGCAGACUAAUAAAAACAUUCUGGAUGCAAAAGGAGAAAGCCCUUCAACUGAAAAGAUAUUUAUUUUUGCUCGCCCAAACAGUACUUUCCACUUACCUGCAGAUCCGUCUAUCCCUUUCAUGAUGGUUGGUCCAGGAACAGGAAUUUCACCAUUUAUUGGUUUUCUGCAACAUAGGCAAAAGCUCAGAGAAGAGCAUACAGACUGGGAAUUUGGAGAAACAUGGCUAUUUUUUGGUUGUCGGCAUCAGGAUAGAGACUAUUUGUUCAAAGAUGAGCUGAGAUGUUUUCUUGAAAAUGGCACAUUAACUCAUCUUAAGGUUUGUUUCUCAAGAGACUUGCCAACUGCAGAGGUAACCCCACCUAAAUAUGUGCAAGAUGUCGUUAGGCUUUAUGCUAAGGAAGUUGCCAGAAUCCUGCUGAAAGAGAGAGGUUACUUCUAUGUAUGUGGGGAUAAGAAGCACAUGGCUGAUGGUGUAAGUGAUGCUGUAGUGGACAUUUUAAGCAUGGAGGUGGGAGUUGACAAAUUGGAAGCAAUGAAAAUCUUGGCUACUCUUCGAGAAGCGAAACGAUAUUUGCAGGAUGUUUGGAGCUAAAUAUGUUUGUGUUAGUAUGUUCUGAGCUUUUUCUCCUUGCCUUGGUAACACAAAAGCUUUUGUGUUUUACUUUUUUCAUUGUAUGUUAGGUUUUACUUUUAACUAAAAGUUGUUGUAAAAAGUUCUUAGUCGUACAAUUAUUAAUGCCCUUUCAAAAAGAAGAUAAUCUUUAAACAACAAACCAGACUGGCUUUGAGAUGUAACUUUUUUUUGCAACAUUGAAUAAUGGACUCUCUUAGUGCCUUGAUUCUUUGAUUUUAAGAAUGGUACACACAAAAAGCAAAAACUUAUGUGCUUGUACAGAGUAUAACCUAGUGUGUUUACAUAUGUAUUUUUUACGUAUGUAUUUUUACCUAUAAUGUGUACAUAAUGAAAUUAUAGAAUAAAUACGAUGUUACGUGCUAA